UUGGGGGACUCGGGUAUCCCAGAUCAGAAGGAGGAGCCUCGGUGGAGGAAGUAGCUCCACACAGCUUGGAUGUGUGCGUGUGUGUUUGUGUGUGUGUGAGUGUGUGUGGAGAGCAGUUACCUCCACAGUGAAGAGUGUCGCUAACCACUGGAUUGUUAAAAAAAAAGACAAGCAAAAGUCGGGAGGAAACCACACGCGGACUCGCUCUCGAGGAUUAGUUUUUGUAUUUGCCCCCCCACCUUCUCGGUACAGGUUGAAGCCGUGCAGCCGGUCCAGAAGCGAGCAUUAUGCAUUCAGACUGCAGGCUGCUAUGGGCAGAGCGGUAAUGGUGGGCAGGGGACCGACAGGGGCCGGGGUUCUCGUCCUGUCGAUUCUCAUCAUUCUCACCACGGAAGGCUGUCGAGCGCAGAAAGGUUGGUGCCACACAGCUGCGGUGACAACUGGAGGAGCCGAGAGUAAAAGCACCGCGGCGACAUGAUGCGGCCAUGCUGCUUUCUAAAGUGUGAACACGGGCGUUUUUCUAGGUGUUUUAGAGAUGAGCUUAAAGGCUACGGUGAUGGCUGUGGCCCCAGUGUACUUGGCCCCAGCAGUGGGACUCUGUCCUCUCUGGGUUACCCGGGGACAUACCCGAACAACACUGUGUGUGAGUGGGAGAUCAGCGUGCCUCGUGGCAACAGGGUCCACUUUCGCUUUGCCGAGCUGGACAUAGAAGACGCCGACUGCCGGGUCAACUACCUCCGCCUCUACAACGGGAUUGGACCCGAGAGGAGUGAGAUCGUGAAGUACUGCGGUUUGAGCCUGAAGGUCAAAGAGCUGAUCGAGUCCACCAGCAACCAGGUCACGGUCCAGUUCAUGAGUGGGACCCACCACACCGGACGUGGGUUCUACCUGUCUUACUCCACCACCGAACACCCAGAUCUUAUCACCUGCCUGGACAAAGGGACUGAUUUCCCCGAGGCAGAGUUUAGUAAAUACUGUCCCGCGGGCUGCUUGACAUCUGCCGAGGAGAUUUCCGGAACUAUACCUAACGGAUACAGAGAGUCCUCUCCCGUGUGCGUGGCAGCCGUCCAUGCAGGUGUGGCGUCCAACGCGGUGGGAGGGAGGAUCAGCGUGGUGAGCAGCAAAGGCAUCCCUCACUACGAGGCCACGCUGGCCAACAAUGUCACUUCCACUGGAGGAACUUUGUCCAACAGCCUCUUCACCUUCAAGACCAACGGCUGCUAUGGGACGCUGGGUUUCGAGUCUGGUGGUGUCGCGGACACUCAGUUGUCGGCCUCGUCUGUGUGGGAGUGGAACAACAUCAUCGGUCAGCACAGUGUGUGGGCACCAUCAGGGGCACGGCUUAAAACGGCGGGGCUGCCCUGGGCGUCUUCUCAGAGCGAUCAGCAGCAGUGGCUGCAGGCCGAUCUCAAGAGGGAGAAGAAGAUCACAGGUAUCACCACCACCGGCUCCACCCUGAGAGAGUACCAGUAUUACGUUUCAGCAUACCGGGUCCUGUACAGUAGCGACGGCCAGCAGUGGUACAUCUACAAGGAAGCAAAUUCUACACAAGACAAGGUUUUCCAAGGCAACAUCAACUACCUGCACGAGGUGAGGAAUAACUUCAUUCCUCCACUUGAGGCCCGGUUUGUGAGGAUACAUCCGACCCUAUGGCACCAGAGAAUCGCACUCAAGUUGGAACUGCUCGGCUGCCAGAUACCCGCCGCGAGGCGGAGGCAGGAACCGAGAACGAGGAUGUUACCCCCCCCUCGGCAUGCUCCACCUCCUGCGGGUACAAAACGCCCACCUCACUAUGGUCAAACCACAACACACCCCCCAGACAUCAGAAACACCACUAUGCCCCCACACACUAAUAAAGAUGUGGCGCUGGCAGCGGUGCUCGUGCCCGUGUUGGUCAUGGUUCUAACUGCUCUCAUCUUGAUUGUGGUUUGUGCUUGGCACUGGAGGAACAGGAAAAAGAGCUCCGAAGGAACAUAUGAUCUCCCUCACUGGGACCGCACAGACUGGUGGAAAAGCAUGAAGCAGCUGUUGCCCUCCAAGAUGGUGGAGACGGAGGAUUCAGUUCGGUACAGCAGCAGUGAGGUGGGCCGGCUGACGGGGAGAGGGGCUGUACCCAGACUGCACGCUGAACCUGCAGAAUACGCUCAGCCCCUGGUGAGUGGCGUUACAACGCUGGGUGCCCGCUCAACCUUUAAACCAGACGAGGGGCCCGACCCAGGAUACUCAGACCCCGACCUCUACGACGCUCCCAUCUCACCGGACGUGUACCACGCCUAUGCAGAACCCUUACCGGCCUCGGGGUCGGAGUACGCCACGCCCAUCGUGGUGGAUAUGGGUUGCCACCCAUCGGGGGGCUCCUCUUUGACCCAGCCCUCCACAGUGUGCAGUUUCAUGGGUGCCGGGCCCACCUCCCUGCUCACACAGACAGACGGCAGCCAUUCGGGGAGGUCGGCUUACGAUACGCCAAAGAACGCCACCGGACAGGUCACGCCCACUGAGGAUAUGACCUAUCAGGUGCCUCAGAGUAGCACUCAGAAGCCAACGGGAAAGAGCUGAAGAGUCUGGAUGCACAUGGCCUUAAUCUGCCCCCUCACUGCCGACCCACCGGACAAAGAUGGAGGGUUGGUAACAGAGGAGGUGUGAACCUGGAGCCCGGCCUCGAGUCUUGAAUGAACACUACCUUUUUAGGUUUAGAUUCAUCUGGAGAUGUCUGUAUUGCCUAAAUGUUUCUGCAUGGCCACAAUCUGCUUGUGUAGUGCCAUUACAGUCCUAUCACUGAAACCACAAAGAUGAAUGUGUUUUUGGAGGGACGGACGGAUGGAGGAUGAAGAGGAUGAAGCUGACUACUAUUUGAUAAAGACUUUGUCCCCGUUCUGUGAUCCUUAGUAGUUCUUGCAUUCUGUGAAACUGUGAUUUCCAUUAUUCUUCUGUUACAUACUGAACCAACUGAAAUGCACCUGAUGAUGUACGUUCAUCACACCUAAAGGGUUCUCUUACUGAACUAACUGCAUGUUGCAUUGAGUACCCCAGAUCCUCGGUCAAAGACUCUAGUUUUCCACGGUACGUUUUUGUCUUACUUUGUUUAAAAAGCAUGACUUAAAUUGUGUAUAGUUCUAAUAAUCCCAUUAUUGCAAACGUCUGUUAAAACUCUCAGAUGAUUUACUGAUAUUUAUUUUACAUCCUGCUGAUGAGGAGACACAAAAAAAAAAAAAUAGCCCUCCACUGAUUACGCAUCAAAGAAUUGUGGUUGCACUGUUGAGGACAUCUUACUGAUACGUUUUUAUUUUUGUUUUUACCCUCGUCAGAGAUGUAGUGUGUGUAAACGUGAAAAGGCUGAUCGGGAAGAUCAAUCCAGUGAACUUCACAAAGACCAAAUGUUGCCUUUUUCUGUGUUUUAUGCAGUGUUAGUUCAACACAACCAACUUUAACAAUCGUGCCAACAGUGCACACUUAGCCAAAUAAACAAGAACGCAGUCUUAAUGUAGGAAACGGGCCGAGUUAGUUGAUGUCCUAACAACAAAAGGUGCAGAGAAAAGGGGUCGAUGGGUUAAUCUGUGUGUUUGUCUUGAACUUUUAGAUUUUAUUUGUGCAUCAUGGUGAUUGUCGUGUUGUAAUGGCUGUUUGAUCUGUCCUUAAUGCAUUUGAGUGUUCCUUCCUUGUAUGUGUGGUAGGCUCUUUCGAUAUUUCAGUCCCGCGUGUUUCCCCCGACUGGUUUAUGAUGCGGCUUGUAGUUUGUGUCAUACGAUGUGUUCAGUCGUUGUCUGUAGCACCAGUUAGACUGCAUUCCUCUCCCGUGGUACUAAUCUGACCAAACGCUCUGUGGCAGGAGUGCAGAUGGAGAAAAAUGGAACUUGACAGAACGGCAGCCUCACCUGGGUGAAGGUGUUGUUCACACAGCUGUGCCACAAAUCAAUCACGCCUUGAUUAUGCUCAAUAACCAAGACGAUGGACAUGCAGUUCUCGGUGCUCCCUGGUCACAGAGGGAUUGUGUUUAUGUGGCUCUCACUGAUUGUAUAUAGAGAAAUAAAGAGUUUUUAAAAGAAA